UCAUGUAACAUUGCCGCGAGCGAUAGCACAAUACAUUCCACGUAACAGACUCAUGUCUGAAAGAGAAUGGCGAAGUUAUGGCGUUAUGCAAUCGGAAGGAUGGGAACACUACAUGAUCCAUGGUGAGAAACAAUUUCACGCGUGUAUCAUAACAAUUGCCCUAAGGGACAUUCCAUUUAUCAGGUGA